AUGAACCGCCAAUGGUUUCAAGUAAGCGGCGAAGAAGUUUCUUCUUCGGAGGAAGAGAAUGAAGUGUUUUCUAAAGAAAAAUUAGCCGUGAUGAAGCCUGCUCUGGCAGCCCCAACGAAGAAGCAACUUUCUGAUUCCGAAUCCGGAUCGAAUUCCGAAAGUGAUUCCGAAUCGGGAUCGGAUUCUGAAAGUGAUUCCGAAUCAAUAUCCGAGAAGGUUGUGACGAAGCCUUCUGUCGCCGCCACAAAGGAGAAGGACCAAAGGGUUGAGACGAAGCCUUCUGUCGCCGCCACAAUGGAGAAGUAUUCCGAAUCUGAACCCGAGAAAGUUGUGACGGAGCCUGCUCUUGCCGCCACAACAGAGAAGGAUUCCGAAAGUGAUUCUGAAUCUGAACCCGAGAAGGUUGUGAUGAAGCCUUGUCUCGCCGCCACAACAAAGAAGGAUUUCGAAAUUGAUUCUGAAUCUGAACCCGAGAAGGUUGUGACGAAGCCUUCUCUCGCCGCCACAACGGAGAAGGAUUCCGAAAGUGAUUCUGAAUCUGAACUCGAGAAGUUUGUGAAUCUCGCUGCCACAACGGAGAAGGAUUCCGAAUCUGGCUCUCAAUCUGGAUCCAAAGAAGGUGCUUCCGAGUAUGAAUCCGUGGAGCUUGUGACAACCAAGCCCCCUUUAAACAAAUCCUCUGUGAGAAAGCGCUCCCGCUCCCGUGAGUCAGACGAAGGAGGAGUGUCUGUGAAGAAGGUCAAGGUCUUGUAA